AUGGACACCGAUAAAUCCCAAAACUCCGAUUUCAAAAUAUCCCUCUCAAUCGAGGCCCCUCCGCCGCCGGCCGCCGCCUCGCCGGGCCUCCUCGAGCGCGGGGAGGACGUGGACCGUUUCGACUACUCCAAGCGUGCCCAGUGGCUGCGCGCCGCCGUCCUCGGCGCCAACGACGGCCUCGUCUCGACGGCGUCGCUGAUGAUGGGCGUCGGCGCCGUGAAACACGCGAUGAAGGUGAUGAUACUGACGGGGUUCGCCGGCCUGGUCGCCGGCGCGUGCUCCAUGGCCAUCGGCGAGUUCGUCUCCGUCUACUCGCAACUCGACAUCGAACGGGCCCAGCUGAGGAGGGAGAAGGAGCGGGAGGCCUCUGGCUCCGCCGUCGGCAGCGGCGGGGAUGGGGAGAGGUUGCCGAAUCCGAUGCAGGCGGCGGCGGCGUCGGCGCUGGCGUUCUCGGUGGGGGCGAUGGUGCCGCUGCUGGCGGCGUCGUUCAUCGAGGAGUACAGGGUGAGGAUGGGGGCGGUGGUGGCGGCGGCGAGCGGCGCGCUGGCGGCGUUCGGGUGGCUGGGGGCGGUGCUGGGCGGGGCGCCGGUGGGGAGAUCGGCGGCGAGGGUGCUGAUCGGGGGUUGGCUGGCGAUGGCGGUCACGUUUGGGCUCACGAAGCUGAUUGGUUCGAAGGGGCUUUAA